AAAAAAAAAAUUAACAAUGGAUCAAUUAACAAAUCAUAAACUAAAAAUUGAUUUUUUAUUAUCAGACAACACAUCUUUAGACCUGCCACAACAAACUACAAUUAAACCAAAUCGUAAACGUAAAAUGACGAUAUUAUGCAGCGAAUGUAACCAAAAAAGGAAACGUUUAGAUGAAAAUCAUCAGAUUUGUCAGGUUUGUUAUAAAGCGAAAUCAGUAUAUAUACCAAGUGGGAACAAAGUUAUUGAUGAUUUUAUCAAGCAUACAUUAAUUAGUGGCAAUAAAUUAGCUGGAAAAAUAGUGUUUGUACCUUAUGAUCAAUUCGAAAAUGUAGAAUUCAUUGCUGAAGGAGGUUUUAGUAAAAUUUAUAAGGCUAUUUGGGUUGAUGGCCCAACAACGAUUACUUGGAAUGAGAAAAAGUAUGAAAAUUAUGAAGUCGUUCUUAAAAAGCUUAAUAAUUCUAAAGGCAUUACAUCUAAGGAGUUAAAUGAGCUCAAGAUAUUUCAUGAAUUUUCUUUAAAUCGGAAAAUUAAGGGUUCUUACGGCAAUAAUGUUAGUAGAUAUUUUGGGAUUACCCAAGAUCUCGUUACCAACGAUAUCAUGAUUAUUAUGCCACAUUAUGAAUUAGGUGAUUUGGGAUUAAGUAAAUCUGCAACUGAAAUUACAGACGAUGAUAAUAACAAAGAGAAUUAUGGUAUCAUUCCUUAUAUGGCUCCAGAGAUUUUUAAAGGAAAAAAAUAUACCAAAGAAUCAGACAUAUAUAGUUUUGGUAUGAUUAUGUGGGAAUUUAUGACAAGUAGAAGACCUUUUUGGAAUAGAAGUCAUGAUGCAGAACUUAUAAUAGAAAUAUGUGAUGGUUUAAGACCACCAAUUGUUACAAAUGCGCCCGAAGGGUAUAUUGAAUUAAUGAAAGAAUGCUGGCAUUCUGAUCCUAAUAAAAGACCAAUAGCUGCUGAUAUUUAUCAUAGAAUUGAAAAAAUGUAUUGGAAUGAACAGGAUACAAGAACUAAAAUUAUACAAUCGUCAGAUAUUGGACCUGUAACUACAAAUAAUCCAGGUGCUAUUUAUAGAAGUAGACCUUUGAGUGGUAUGAUUCAAUCUGCGAUGUUUACAAUGUCUACAAGUUUAAGAAGCCAGUCUAUAACUGCAGAAUUUGAACUAUCUAAUUAUCAUCAAAAAAACGAUAUAUCAUUUAAUGAUAAAAGAAAGUUUGACGACACUCAAAUUGAAAACAGUUUUAAUGAUGGAGAUAAAUUUAUUAAAAAGGUUAAAUUAAUCGAAAAUGAAAAUAAUGAUUAUACCACGCAAGAAUUUGAAUUGGACAUAAAUAUAGAUUCUGAACAAUUCAUCGAUGAUGAAAUUUUAAGAGGCAGAUCUUAUACUUCAGCUAGUGAUAUAUUUAGUUUUUCUAUGAUUAUGUGGGAACUUACAUCCGGAGUACCACCAUUUAAUAAUAGAGCACAUGAUAUUCAACUUAGUUUAAGUAUUUGUAAAGGUGAACGUCCUGAAAUUAUUGAAAAUACUCCACAGUGUUAUGUAGAUUUAAUGAAAAAAUGUUGGAAUGAAGAUCCAUUAAAAAGACCAUCUACUGUACAUCAGAAGUGA